AUGCUUUCUCAAUUGCCUCUGCUUUCUGCAGAGCCUACUUCCCUGCCAACUAAUCCAGUUUUAAUGCAGUGUCAUUACUAUUACUAUAAUCCAAGUAAUGGCAAUUUAAACGAAGAAACUAAUCGUUAUAAUUGCGAUGGUCUUGGACAUUCUGUUGAAUCCACCUUGGAGACGAACAUCAGACAGGAGGGAAAUUCAAACACUGAUCAUUCCUCUGCUUCCACUUUCGGUGGUUCUGGUCCUUGCCAUUCAGACGGGGAACCCACGGUGGAUUGGUAUUUCGAGAGCCUAUUUUCCAGAGCGCCCAGUCGUCAUCGAGCUUCGCUUAACAAUCCGGAUACUGCUGAUAAACAGGCCAUGGGGCAUGGUGCUGGCGAAGAAGAGACAGACCUGGGCGCAGAAGAGAUCCGGCUUGGCCAAAGGUUGCCGAUCAAUGGGUUUCAGAGAAUCCGUGACAUGAUCAUCUACUAUGCUGUUGUUAACAACCAGCUGACUGACUGUCCGCCAAAGGACAUAUUUUUUGACCAUGGCGGACAUUUAUCGGGUGCAGAAAAUGAAUUAUACAGUCAUCCUAACCGAAGGCCUUCAUAUGGUGAUAGAGGAUCUCUCUCAUUUGAUUUACGGGGCAAUGAGCUUUCCGAGGAGCCCAAUGGCACAGGUAGCGGCCAUCCCCUUCUUUCGUCAGAACUUAGGAACAAACAACCUAAUCUGGAAGCAGAUGUGGCCUUAAAAACUUCGUUUGACUCUGAUCCAGGUCUGGCUGAAAUCUUUGAGCUGCCAGGCUUGCCAGAGAUACCCAGGUGA